AUGGACGUGAUAUCGAACGAAAAGUAUCUUAUAGCGCGUGCAAAAGAAUCCACCGAUCCGUACAAAGCGAAGGCGUGGAUAAUAGCGGCCAAAACGCUAUUCCCAAACGACUUCGGUGUGCAGUUUGAGGCGUACGAAAUCGAAAAGAAUGCAAACAACUUUGAGGAAGCGGCGAAAUGUCUUAGUUACAUUGUAAUGACCUUCCAUGGGGCUCAUCAAACGCCGACCAAUUUGCUUAACGAGAUAUCGCUUAUGACGAAUGCGUUACGCAUCCCCGAAGGAUGCACGACACCAGAGCAAGAGUUUUACGUGAAAAUGUUCCAAUACAUCUCGUACGAGGUGCAGCAUCAGAUACUGCUCCUGACGGCGGCCCACUCUAACAACAAUCUGGACCAUUGUCGAUUGAUAAUGCUAUUGUUGAAACGCUUUCCUCAGGCAAUUUCUACGCAUGCGCCCCGUUUGCUGGAAACGUUGAUACAGAAUGUGACCAUGCCAAGCUUCAAGGAAAUGCUGUUUAACGAAGCAAUACCGCUGGUGUACAAUCGUGCACCGGAACUGGCUCCCAAGCUCGUGCAUCGAUUGAUGGCGGUCUGUUUCGAGUACUAUCUGAAUCAAAUGCUAAACGAUACCGAGGACCGAGCACGCUCGUCCGCCGAUUGUUGGAAGAAAAUUUUCGAAAUAUUGGACUUUUGUGGCAAAAUUCUCAAAUGGGAACCGUUCGUGCUGUACAAGAAAAGUUGGAGUAAGGACGUAUACUGCCAAAAAAUCAUUCACAUCUACAAUCUAGAUCCGUUCCGGUCGACGGAAAGCAAACAGAUACUGUUCUGUGCUACUAUUGUGUUCGUACUGGCACUGCAAGACUACAUCGGGUAUUCGAAACUCCGCUCGAAAGACGGUAUAACCGAGACCGAGGUAAUACUGGUCGAAGCAUUGAAAGAAGUGACGCCGGAGGUGAAACGGCGCACCCACGAAGGUGUGCUCGAAAUUCCACACAUUCUGGUUAAUGCUCCGGUUAGUCCGGAUGCGCCCAAUUGUCUGCUCGCCUGCCAAAGCUGCUGGCAGCUGCUGCACUCGAACGACGUUAUGAAAGCCGAUUUUGCGCAGCUAAUUCUUUGCAUACCGCAACUUUCGGGUUGGGUGCAGAAGUUCCUGAUCGAUUUGUAUGUGUGCGCUGGACAGCAUGAAGAAACAGCCACACUACUGCAGGCAUCGACUGGAACCACGAUGACACAACUGGAAAAAUCCGUACGCCAGUUUGCGCUCACGCUCGUACAAGGUCCACCAACGGUCCAUCUGUUCGAGCAAAUGGGAACGAUUCUGAAGCAUUUGCCGCACGCACCAUCUCGUGGGUACUAUUUGGAGAACGUUGCGCUUGGUCAAACGGCCAGAGUACUAAUGCUAAUGCCGUUGACCAAACGCGCGAUUCUGCACUAUCUUGUGCAAACGCUUAUCGUACUGCUUAAACCGAAACUGAUCGACAUGGAGUGUAGCAGCUCACUGUUGGGGAAUCUGUUAGUACUGUCGCAACUUAACUGGCCGCACGAAUCAACCACGGUCGAAAUCGUUUUCGAAAUCAUCAAAACUCGCCGUCUGUUUGCGUAUCUACACUUUACGAACUAUGUCAUCCAGGCGGAAAUUAUCGAAGAAUUUAUGCAUCUGUGGACUCAUUCGCCGGACGUGAAGCUGGAGCUGGCGAUGCCCCAGCAAAGUCUUGCAACCGGUGCCCGGCGUAUUGGAACACGUGGAGCGGACAAGGGUGUAAAGGAAGAUUUUAAGCAGAUCAUUCGACAGCAGGUCGCACGCAGCAAUGAUGAUAUCGACGAACUGUUACUACAAUUCCUACAGCAGCAACAGGUAACGCUAGUGCAGAAUGUGUUUGAUAAAUGAAAUUUUGACGCAA